AUGGCUCUAUGCAAGGUUCGCAGCUAUAAGGCACUUGCUAGAAGCUUUCCGGGACUGACAAGGUAUACCGGCCGCUCUUAUGCAACGGCGCCGCCGCUUGUUGUACCACAUGAGAGGAUUGAAGAGCAUCCUCGAGCAUUUCGCUUAUACACCAAAAGUCAUAUCGCCACGCUUUUUGAACGUUAUGCCCCCAGGUUGGAUCCCACCUCUUACCUGGCUGCCGCUCAAGUCUUCCCCAUGAGGGCCAACAACUAUGUCGUAGAAGAUCUCAUCGAUUGGUCCAAUGUGCCCGCCGAUCCAAUCUUUCAGCUCGUUUUUCCCCAACCAGCAAUGCUUUCGCACCAUGAUCUCGAUUCAAUGGUCUCCGCCGUCUCCCAGGUCGGACUCUCCAAAGUAUCUUUGCGCGAAAAGGCCGAGAAGAUCCGUGCUACUCUCAACCCGCAUCCUGCAGGCCAGAAGGAGGAGAAUGUGCCUAUUCUGCACGAUCAAGAGAUGCUUGGUACGCAGCACAAGUACCGUGAAACGAUACUCUUUUUCCCCACAGAGGGUCAAUACUGUCAUUCUUUCUGUACUUAUUGCUUCCGCUGGGCUCAAUUUACCUCCGUCGGAUCGGAACAACAAUUCCAGUCCAAAGAGGUCAAGCACCUAAAACGCUACAUCAGUCAGCAUCCACGCGUGAAGGAUCUUCUCUUUACUGGGGGUGAUCCCUUGGUGAUGUCGUCUCGAACCUUGCGAAGCUAUAUAUCGCCUCUGCUGAACAGUUCAGAUACUCAGCACUUGAACACCAUCAGACUAGGGACAAAAUCCCUAGCUUACUGGCCAUACCGCUUUUCCUCCGACCCAGACUCCAGGUCCCUCUUACAGCUGUUCUCCGAAAUCGUGGAUUCAGGGAAACAUAUUACUAUACAAGCGCAUUUCACCCACCCCCGGGAACUUGAGCAUCCGGCUGCACAGAAAGCAAUGAGGCUGAUCAAUAUGACGGGGGCACAGAUCAGGUGCCAAGGUCCCCUUAUACGAGGGAUCAAUGAUGAUCCUUCGACCUGGGCGAGGAUGUGGGAUCUGCAGACCAGACUGGGUGCUGUACCUUAUUACAUGUUUGUGGAGCGUGAUACCGGAGCCAAGGACUACUUUUCGGUUCCCCUCGCAUCGGCCUACUCGAUUUUCAGUUCCGCGGUUGCUAGCGUUCCUGGUACCGCGCGGACUGCUCGAGGACCCUCGAUGUCAGCGUCUCCAGGCAAAAUUGGUAUAGUUGGCAUUGAAGAAAUCUCUGGAGAACGUGUUUUCGCACUGAAGUUCUUCCAAGCGCGAAAUCCGGCCUGGACAGAGCGGCUAUUUUUCGCAAAGUUCGAUGCGAGGGCUACCUGGCUUGACGAGCUGAAGCCUGCAUUUGGAGAGAGUAAUUUUUUCUUUGAGCAAGAAUAUUGUGACAUCAGUGCAAAGACUGGCAAUAGGCAAGGCUCCUCUGGGCAAUUUUUCAAUUGA